CUCACCCACACCAAGCCAGAGAAAGAACAAGAGCAGCAGCAGCAAGAGGAAGAAGAGGAGGAGACCAACCAAAACCAUCGGUAUCAGAUCAGUAUUAUUCCACAACCUUGUAGUGAGGAAUGGCUCCGAGCUACGAGAUGGCUGCCUCCAUCUUGCUCUGCGCCGAGGACAGCAGCAGCAUCCUUGGCUUCGCAGCAGAGGGCGAGGAGGAGGUGCUGGUGCGGAACAGGAGGAGCGAGGAGCCCGCCAUGGAUUUCCCCGUGCCGUCGGAGGAACGCGUCGCACUUUUGGUAGAGUCGGAGGCGGAGCACAUGCCCAGGGAGGAUUACGCCGAGAGGCUGCGCGGCGGGGGCUUGGAUCUCCGCGUCCGGAUGGACGCCAUCGAUUGGAUUUGGAAGGUCCACACGUACUACAAUUUCAGCCCUCUCACUGCGUGCUUGGCCGUCAACUACUUGGACCGCUUCCUCUCACUCUACCAGCUUCCGGAAGGCAAGGCAUGGAUGACACAGCUGCUAUCCGUGGCGUGCGUGUCCCUGGCUGCCAAGAUGGAGGAGACCUCUGUUCCUCUAUCUCUCGACCUGCAGCUGGAUCCUGUCGAUCAGGUCGGGGAAGCACGGUACGUGUUUGAAGCCAAGACGAUUCAGAGCAUGGAGCUCCUGGUCCUGAGCACGCUCAAGUGGAGGAUGCGAGCGGUCACUCCCUUCUCGUACAUCGACUACUUCCUCCACCGGCUCAACGGCGGCGAUGCGCCACCCAGACGCUCCGCCCUGCGAUCUGCAGAGCUCAUCCUCUGCAUAGCUAGAGGGACACACUGCUUAGAUUUCAGGCCCUCGGAGGUCGCCGCGGCCGUCGCCGCCGCCGUGGUCGGAGAAGAGUACGCCGUAGAUAUCGACGAGGCUUGCACCCACCGUGUACACAAGGAGAGGGUGUCGCGAUGCCUUGAAGCGGUUCAGGCCAUGGUCCUGAUGGGCACCGUGCCGGUGCCACCUAAACCUGACGGCACCAGAAGAGCCUCUUCUUCCUCUGUGCCGCAGAGCCCUACCGGGGUGCUUGACGCCGGCUGCCUGAGCUACAGAAGCGACGACACAACUGUUGCCGGCUCACAUGCAGCUGCUGUCGAUGAGAGCGAGAGCUCCCCGGUUGUUAGCAGCAAGAGGAGGAAGAUUAGCAGAUGAUUAGCACAAUGAUGGAUAGAUAAAAGUCUCUUCUUUGCACUGAUCAUCACCUCCUUGAUAAAAGUUUUAAGUGUUUUUGAUCGCACUGACUGCCGUUUCAAAGAGCCUGAAGAAAGGCGAAGGAAGGGCCGCCAAAAGCAGUGCAUUUUGGACAUGACAAUUGAGCAAAGACGGUCUCGAAUAAAGAGGGUCGAUCUGAUGUGGAGAAAUGUGCUGAUUCAUGUGCUUUUGCUGUAUGCAGCCACAAUGGUGUUCCCAAAAAGAGCAAAGGUCUUGCAGAUUGACAGAGCUGAGUCGACGAGACGACCAAAAUAAAGGCAGAUGAGGUGAUGGUGACACACGUCAAGGACUAGGCACUGACCUGCGUUUGUGUUACAUAGCUCUGCUUCAUUAGCUUUGUUCUGUAAUUUCCGACCAAUUUCUUUUAUGAAAAAAUCCAGGGAGAAACAAACAAUCAAUUCUUGCGUGAAAAUAAUCGCUCACUGGUUGAACUCCACGAAGGAGCAAAACAAAGAAAUGAGACAGAACCCAUAAGAACAGGAAGUGGGUUUCCGUCAGGGGUUAUGAACUAUCAACGUCA